AAAUUUACUAGCGCCAUCUCUGGAGAGCAUCUUUCGAAACCUCCAGACGAUAGAGAGAGCCACAACACGUGUGGGCAAGGGCGGGGGAGAUUUGCGUCCUAUUUCAAUUUCGAUGUAUUUAGCUGUUAUUUGAUUUGCUGUUGCUAGUUGCUAUAACGUCACGUCACCAGGGUUAUAUCAAGGCCUUGACCAGACGUCUUUCUUGGUCUCCGGUCUCCGUUGACAUGUAGGUAGUAGUAGACAAGAGCAACCAAAUUGAAAUAUAUUGCUUUGUUUGUAAGAAUUAAGGUGAAUAAAUCAAGGACAAGCAAAGAAGCCCUAAACAGUGGUAGAAUUAUAAUUUAUAAUGCUUAAAAACACCAAGAAAAUCAAAGUAGCAAAACAUCCAGGGAUUGUUGGCAGUGAAGAUCAUGAAAAAGAAAAAGUGAGGGCAAACAAUGCAAUGUCUGGAAAAGCUUCUAAAGACCCCAGUAAGAAACAGAAGACAUCUAAGCAUAAGCCAACAGAUGGAUCAAACGACUUGGUGAAAAGUGCCCCUUCACUAGAUGAGAAGAAAAGGGCCAUGAAAAAGAGGAAAAAGAAGACAUACAACAAGGAUGCUAUUGAGAAAAUGAAGGCACGCCAACUGGCAAAGAAAGAAAAGCUGAUGCGUCAAAGCUCCCCGGCCACGCCGUCCAAACCGGAGCCCAAGCGUCGUCGACCCAAGCUGCCCGUGCGACUGGAGAACGUGGAGCUGAAAUACUCGGAGGACGAUGAGUCGAUGGCUCAGUUCGAGGGGAUGUGGGUGCCGCGGGAGGAGACCGGUCGGCUGAUGUCGGCGCGCGAGGAGCUGGAGAAGCGCGGCCUGCCAGCUGAAAAGGUCAACCGACGCAUGAAGCAGCUAGUGCGGAAGGAGCAUCGCAAGCUGAAACUCAGCAUGAUCGCCGCCCAGACCAAGACUGAGCGGGCCGCGCGCGAGCGGAGACUGUUCCUGGAGGCGCAGCAGACGCCGCGCGUGCGCCGGCGCGUGCCUGGCCGGGCGUGCGGUCUCACUCUGCAGGAAGGCGAACAGCUGGCACGCUUCGACGGCUUCUGGGUCUCUGCAGAAGCGGUGCCUCGCCUUGAGGCGCUCCGGCAGAAGCUCAUCGACAGCGGCAAAACUGAAAACGAGGCGCGCCGCUUGCUACGGAAGGCCCGCCGUGCCGAGGAGCGCAAGGUGAAGUCUUCUGGGCGUCUGCUGUGCACCAAGUGCGGGGGACGCGGCCACCUACUGACCGACUGCACCGCGACGGCAGUGGAGCCGGCCGCGGGCACGGCCUGCUUCCGUUGCGGCGAGGCCGGACACCGCCUCUCCGACUGUCCCAAGAAGGGGGAGAUCGUCGGACUGCCGUUCGCGACGUGCUUCCUCUGCAAGAAGCAGGGCCACAUGUCUCGCGAGUGUCCUCAGGCGGAGAGCGGCGACGCGGUGCAGAAAACCAGCAAGGCGGGGCAGCGCUCGGGCGUGGCGAAGGGAGGCGGGCAGAGCUGGAGAGGCAUGACGCACGAUGUUGACGAGGCUGUGGUGGUGCAAUCGGCAGAGAAGAAGCGGCGGUCACUGCCGGCCGCUGCGCCGGAACAGAAGCCCAGGGUACACAUACGGUUCGACUGAUUCUGAUAUGAAAUGAAAUAUAUGCUCCCCUGAG